GAUGUUAUUAGGUCCUUUACCCAAAGCUAUGGGGUUUGAGGAAGUCAAGGGGUACCGGGAAAUGCCCGCGGGGUGGGGCGAAGGGACCUGGGCCGGGAGGCCGCUGUGGAAACCGCUUCCCAGAAGGGCCGGGAGGCGGCGGGCAGGGCCGGCACCGGCACCGGCACCAGCAUGGGGGAGCCGCUGAAGCGGCUGCUGCGGUCCCUGGACAAGAAGGGCCAGCGGGAGCUGCAGCGCUUCAGCAAGAGGGUGGAGAAGUGCCUGGUGAGGGAGGGGGAGAAGCUCAUGGCCGAGAACAAGCCGGAGGGAGGGGCGGAGCCGGCCGCGGAGGUUAACGACCGGAGGGACAGCGCCGAGCACGGCGGGCUGGACGCGGCCGUGAAGGCGCUGAUAGACCCGGACCGCAUCAGAGACCUGGCAGGGGCACUCGGCACAGACGUGCCCCCUGGAUCUGCAGCCACUGCUGUGCAGAGCGAGCCCCUUCCUGCUGGUGCCACAGCCGGAGCAGCCGAGUCCCCUCCCACUGUGAUUCCUGACUCUGAGCAGCUGGAAAUUCUCCCUUUGGACAAUGCAGAGGGACACACAGUUGUCCUGCGGCACCCGGAGGUGUCAGAAAUAUUCCAGUCUCAGCCACUGGUGGAGGGCAGCCAUGUGGCCUUCAGCUGCUUCAUCGCAGGGUACUUCCCCCAGGAGCUAACUGUGACCUGGCUCAGGAGGGAGAGUGGAGAGAGUGUGGCCACGCCCAUCAAGGACUCCGCUGAUUAUGCCAUCAUCCCCAAGGAGACCUGUGCCAAAGACAGGGAGACCUACCAGCAGAUGGUGACGCUCUCCUUCACCCCAUCGGUGCAGAGAGACCAAGGGGCAGAGUUCAUCUGCCAGGUGGGACAUGUGACCCUGCAGACCCCCAUUGAGAGGAGCACUGGGACACUGGAGGUCAAAGGUGUCGCUACCCCCAACGCCAAGGAAGUUGCCCCCGACACCAGGGAAGUUACUCCUGUUUCCAAGGAAGUUACUCCUGUUUUCAAAGAAGUUGCCCCCGACUCCAAGGAAGUUACUCCUGUUUCUAAGGAAGUUGCCCCCGACACCAGGGGAGUUACUCCUGUUUCCAAGGAAGUUACUCCUGUUUUCAAAGAAGUUGCCCCCGACUCCAAGGAAGUUACUCCUGUUUCUAAGGAAGUUGCCCCCGACACCAGGGGAGUUACUCCUGUUUCCAAGGAAGUUACUCCUGUUUCUAAGGAAGUUGCCCCCGACACCAGGGGAGUUACUCCUUUUUCCAAAGAAGUUACCCCUGACUCCAGGGAAUUUAAGUCCAUUUCCAGGGAAGACAGAGAAAACGCAGCUGGUGGAAAAGAGACACACUUUGUUGACCGGCACCGAGAACAGCUCAUCCAGCGAGUAACUCUGGUCGAGGGUGUCCUGGAUAAGCUGCUGGGUAACGUGUUGGACUCUGAGCAAUACAUGACCAUUACAGCCGAGAAAACCAACCCAAUGAAAAUGCGGAAACUGUAUGAAUUCAUGCUGAGCUGGAACAGGUAUUGCAAGGACCAGCUCUAUUGGGCACUGAAGGACAAGUGCAAGUUUCUUGUUGCAGAUCUGGAAGGGGAAUGAAGGCAAUGAACACCCUUCCCCCCCUACACACACACACUGCCUUUCCCUUUGCUUCCUGUGUGUGUUCCAGGGAGGGAAACCCAUUUCUGGCUGUUCCCCAUGUUUCCAAAGAUGUCACAACUGAUUAAGACAAGGGCUGCAUGAAAACUUUCCCUUGAAAUGAUUUUUCAAUGGAAAAUCAGGUUUUUAACAAGAUAAAAUAUCUGUUUUCUGAGAAAAAAAAUUUAUUGUUGAAAAACAAAACACCCGAACCAAAAAUAUUUCAGCCAAAACCUGAAAUAUUUCAAUUUGGGUAUAACUUAUGGGAGGUGGAGUUCACUUGCCUCAUCCCCAUUCUCAUCUAUGGACCAGGGCCCUCAGCUGGACUACAUUUCCCAUGAUGCACCAUGGCCAAGGAUUCCCAUGAUGCAACUGCCUCCUCACCAAAAGGAGAGACCAUGGUGCAUGCUGGAGCCCAGACUACAGUGGAGAAUGGGGUCACGGGGCACCCAAAUUUCAACUCCCAUUUGGAACUGCGGCAGCAUUCCCAAAUCAACAUAUUUUGGUUUUAGUUUAUGUGUUUGUGUUUUUUUGUUUGUUUUUGCUGAAAAGUUGAACUUUUCAGUGAAAAAUCUGGACACGAAUGAAAUCUAUUGAUCUGUUUUUGUUUGGGGGUUUUGUUUUGUUUUAAAACGUCAGUGGAAAAAUCUUUCAUUUGCCAUCAGCAGAGCCCCAAACCAAACUGCAGCUCCCUCUCCGUGCCUUGCUCUCCCAGCCACUUCAGCCCCUGGCUGCUGCAUUCUGUUGGCAGCUGAGUGUGAAGGGCUGGAGGCUGAACUGAACAGCUGCUGGGCUGCGCUGGUGAGGACCGCAAAUCUGGGGGGGCAUCUCCAUUUUAUCCUAGUCCCUGGGAAGAUAAAGCCCUGAAUCCCCACAGCUACAUUCUGUCCCACCGCAUCCCUCCCUUUGGACUCAAAAAGUCCAGAGAUGCCCUCCUAGAGUUUAAAGCCAGAAGGGACCAUUAGAUCAUCCAGUCUGACCCCCUGUGUAGCCCUGGCCCUUACAUUUCACCCAGUUACCCCUGCACUGUGCCCAAUAACCUGCAUUUGACUAAAGCCUCUUCCACAAUGGCAGUCAGUCAGGAUUUGAAGACACCAAGAAAUGGAGGAUUCACCACUUCCUUUGGGCGUUUGUUCCACCCUGAGUGAGAAAAAUUGGUGCCUGAUUUCUAGUGUGAACUUGUCUGGCUUCAGCUCCCCAGUCCCGGGUUCUUGUUCUGUUUUUCUCCAGUAGAUUGCAGAGCCUCGUACACUGCAGUGCCCUUCCCCCACUCUCUCACUUGCAUUACAGACCCAUUCGUCCUUUGUAUCAGGGCUUCGGGCAAGGCAGUUCCACCGCUGCCAGGACGAGGCUUUGCUCUGCUUCUCCCCAGACACACACACGUCCCCCAAGCCAGAACCUGGCUGCUACCCUGGGCCUUUGCUGUCCAUCUAAGUCCACUAGCAUCAACCCCUCAGGGCACUGUCGGGAGAGGGGGCUGCCUCUCACCAGCCUGCUGAAAGGGGAAAUCACUGUAAUUCUCACAUUAACCCAAUAGGGGCUGGUUAUUGUUAUUAUUUUAACAUAGAGCAACUUUUGUACCUUUGUAUUUAAAUUAAAAAGAAGGUGGUACCUGU